AACCGUGCGCACAGUCGGACCCCGGGGGUUUGCGCGCCGCUUUCGCGACUGGCUCGACGAUGACGGCGCAGCGUAUCGCUGUGGUGCACAGAAAUAGUGGCAUGGAGCCCGUGCACCGCUGCCGGGCGGGCGGGCUGGCAGGCCUGGCGUUCCGCCGCCGUCGACAUGUUUCUUGAGCUGCGGACUGAAAGUGGCUGAGGUGCUGUGGGUAUUGCGAGCCGAGUUGCUGAUUGGGCGGCGGCGGCGGCUUACCAUCGUUUCUGUGACCGAGGGAUUAACGCAACAGACACGUAACUACGGCAAAUGCAGCUUGCCUCCAGGCCGCACGUGAUCCACGCCCUAUCGCAUCCUGCAUAUCCGUGUCUCUUACGGUCGGCAACCUAACAGCAGGUGUACAGGGGACUUCCGGAAAUUGCUGGACGUGUCCCAGUUUGUUAUGUGCACAAAGCAUUGGCGGGCCCUUCUUCUGCCGAAGCCCUGGUGGUGCGGGAUGAUGGCGAGGAGGAGGGUUGCUGCCGGGGGGAGGAGGACUGGUGUGGCGGAGCGGGCGGAGCCGGGGUGCGCAGGCCCAUGAAUGCCUUCUUCCUGUUCUGCAAGCGGCACCGCAGCGUGGUGCGUGAGCGCUACCCGCACCUCGAGAACCGCGCCAUCACCAAAAUCCUGGGCGAGUGGUGGGCCAGCCUUGAGCCCCACGAGAAGCACACCUACACGGAGCUUGCCAAGCAGUACAAGGAGGCUUUUAUGAAGGCCAAUCCGGACUUCAAAUGGUGCAAGAUGCCCACCUUGCCCACGCGGUCUCCAGUGACGCGCACUAAGGGGGCCACCACUAAGGGAGACACGCUGCGCUGGAGCCCCGAGCAGACAAACUGCCCCCGGUCGGACAUGCCACGGGUGCCCACCCUCACAAAGGACCCACUGAGCAUCUCGAGGCAGAACAAUAAUAGCCCAGUGCUGCAGCAGCAGGGCUCAAACUCUCUGGACGAGCCACCGGCAACAAAGCCAAUGACUGAGUCUGGUGGCAAUGCGGCCGAGCAGUCUGGUGCUCCCAACCCGGCACCCCCGAACAACCCGCCGGUCAGCUGCAAGCCUCCCAAGAAGCGCUACUUGGAGAACCUCGAGAACGGCACAUAUGGCGGGGGCAAUGCAAGCCGGCUCAAGUCGGAGUCGUCGUCAUCGCCGUCGCCGACCCCCUCGCCGGUGCCCUGUGUGCCAGUGCAGAGGGCGGCCUCCACGGAUCAGCAGACUAACAAUGCAUGUUCAGCCCUGCUUGAACUUGCUGAGGGAUGCCAGGCUGGGAAGAAGCCAUCAACUGCAGGAGCUCGCCAGAAAACUGGGGACCUGAACACCAAGUCACAAGAUAACGGCAGCAGCGGCUUGUCCUCUACUGCGACAAGCACAACGACAACAACGCUGACGACCACUAGCAGCAAUGGAAGUAGUGGUCUAUGUGGUGGCGGCUCGGUUCCACCGGCUGGCUUCGGCCCAAUCCCCAUGUUCGACGUCAGCGCUGCCAACCGCAUCAUUGACCAGGCAUUCAGCCAGCCCACCACUGCCAGCAGCACAUCUGUGACACCGCCGCCGCCAUUCACGGCGCUGUCGACUUUGUCCUCAAGUACACCUCCGACCAGCUCGAGCAGCAUGACAAACCUUGGAAGUGGAGGGGGGAGCAGCUCAGCUGCGGCCAAGGCGCGUGAGCGCGAGCGGUUUUUCAAUGUGUCGUCGGCACUGAGCCUCGCGCAGUCUCUCAACCGGGGCGAUGAGGAGCAGCCGCUGAACCUGUGCAAGGAGCGCCCUAUGACGACGAUCAAGACCUGCCAGCAGGACAUCAUCAACCACAUCAUCGACAAGUUCCUCUGCGGUCCUAGUAAUGUGGAGCCAUUAGACGGGACUGUCUUCUCGGCGCAUGGCUCCUCACGCCAUCCCGAUGACAGCCCCGCAGUGCCUGCUGUUGUGGCCGCUGCCGUCCCGGGUACAGUGCCCACACCAAACGCAGGAUUCUACCGUGGCAGUGCGGAUGAGGAUGGGGACAAUGUGCAGAAGAAGGUUGCUGCCGGCAGCCACAAGAGUGGUGUGCGGCGUAAGGGGCUUGCUGGCAGUUCGCCGAGCAAGCGUGCACGAAUCAAUGCGUCUUCAACCGUGGACGAGGAUGGUGGAAGCAGCCCGGAGAGGGGACGGAAGAGUCAACGGUCAUGCAAGGGUCAGCGUUACCAGGCUCUGGUGUCGGAGGGUGUGCUGCCGGGCUCCAAAGAGCGAAAAGGGCUCGUCCGCAAGUCAGAUGAAGAAGGAGACGAUGAGCCCAGCAGGCUGGGUGGAGGAGGACGCAGGGAUGAUGGUGCCAAGGUGCCGCGCAAGAACAGUGGCAGUUUCAACCUGGACGCCCAGAUAGCAGCACUGCCCAAGUGCAGCAUGGAAUCGUUCACACGGCGAAAGAACAAGAAGAAGUCCAGCCGGCCAGAGGACGAUGGCAGGGACGAUUGCGCCUCUGCUGACACUGCAGAACCAGGGUGCAAGGACCCUGACUUCCGGACCAGCUUAGCCAGGGGUGUGCGGCAACGCAGUGAAUCGGGAGCAUCUGGCACAGACGAGGCAGUGGACGAUCCCUCAAGCCCCCCGCCUGUAUCCUCACCUAGUGACCAUUCAUCUGUUACGCCCAGGAAGUUCAAGACAGGGGACUUUGACCUGGAUGAACACCUUGCUGCCCUUCCAAAGUGUGACAUUGAGGUUUUAAGCCGACGAAAAAAGGAGCUACGGCGGGAUUCUGGCUCUUCUGGUGGCAGGCAAGACUCCAAGGCCGAUGACUCGGGGACAGAGUCCGACCAUGCGGGUGCCUCAGAGUCUACUGAGGAGAAUGGAGUGAGAGAAUGGCAUAGUGGUGAGGAGGAAGAAUCGGAGGAGGCCGGGCGGACCAGCCCCAAGAAGGACAAGCGGAAGAGACGCAAAGGUGUGUCUAUGGAGGAGGACUUCCCUAGCAGCUUGGCGACUCUGGCUGACAUUGCGCUGAGUCAGAAGGAGAAGAUGCAAGACUGACACAGGCCUAGACCCCAGCAGAGGAGGAGAAGGGGAGGCCCAACUGCCAAGCAAUAAGUGUCGUCUGCCGCAGAUCCUGGGCACAUACUUUGCGAUGACUGCCCUCUGCCUCCGGCCAUCUCUCGUGACACGCAGAGAUCCUCCCCUUCUCUGUUUCCGUGCAAGGAUGUGGCAGUGUAGUUCUUGCGUCCCUUCUGUGGGCGACGUUACUUCCCCUCCUUGGACGUCAUGACAUUUUUUUUUUUACCCUCGUCAUCACGUGUGCGUGUGAAUGCGUGUGUGUGCGUGCGUGCAUGGAGUUGUAGCUUGACUGGAGAUGAAGAACUCAACGUGCGGUGAGUCUCGGACCUAGAGCGAUGCGUGUCAGUGAUUUUUGGAAGAGACCUUUUGAACCCUGACCGAACUGGCCCCCGCUCGUUCGCGGCAUGGCGUUUCCUCUAGGUCACUCGGUUGUAAGACUUAGACACGCACAAAUGACGGAUUUUGACACAGCUGUGCCGAGUAGCGCCUUCCUGUGCUCCAAGUCUUCUUGUUGUUGAGCGCGGACACUGCCAACAACGCGAGUCGCGGAUGUGGUGUCGCCAUUCGGCGAGUUCUGGUGGGAAGUGCUGCCACUCUUGAACUCCCUCAACCCUCACCCUCCCCCCACCUCCGACGACCAUUGGUGUCUUAAGACUGCUGCGUCACCCUUUCUGUGAUUUGUGUUGGAAGCGUUUUUGUUUUGUUUUUCUUUGCAUAAUUUUAAUACAGUGACUUGUCUUUUUCUGGCUGGGACAGUGGUCAAGUAUGUGCGAGGGCAGUGCAUUAUCUCAGUAGCAGCAGCAGUCCUUCUCCCUACUUUUUAAAUUUUAGAGCGCCUGUGUUUUCUUUUUUUCAAUUAUUCAUCUGAAACUAGCUGCAGGUUUUGUCUUGGCACACUAAGUUGGAAGAACAAAGUGUUUAGGAGCAUUAGCUUGUCAUUUUUAGGGGCCUUCUAGGCUAACACAAGCUAAGGCUUGUGCAUGUAGAAUAAAGUAAGUAGCGACUUUUGGGUCCACUUUUCUUGUGUAUAUAAUAUAGGGGCUGAAAAAAAAUUGUUUUAAGAAGUGUUCAGAGCAUUUUAAUGGUGAUCAGAAAGGUGUGUCCUUAAACUUAAUGGCCUCCAUACCAUCACUGUGGUCUUAUCAUUCUUUCUGCCCAAAUCUGACACUGUUGUCACUUAAGGCUGCUGAAUCCGCUUUUGUUGUAAAGAGAGAGACGGAGAGCGAAAAAAUUGCGGAGAGACUGACAAUAUGCACCAAACUGUACAUAUGCAGAGCCGAAGUCACUCGUCAAAUGUAUAACAGAGUUUUAAGAGAGAGAAAAAAAAAAAGAAAACAUGGCCUGUGAGCAGCAGUACAGGGCCUUCUCGCAUGCAACUGGAGCUAAGGAUCUCGGCUGCAGUGCCUGCUAACACUUUUGACCUUUUUUUUUCUCUCUCGUGACCGCGCACACAAGCAGCACACAACAUGCCCGCACAUUCUGUACAUAAAGCACAGCUAGAAACACACAUUAGAUCCAAGUUUUUCUACUUCAUUGUUGUUUCUUCCGACCUCCUCCUCCUCCCCCCAUUCGUGUCGCACAAAACCGACAGCACAGCAGCAGCAGUGGCGGCGUUUCUGUCCCAUCAUCUUGAGCAGUAUGAGACAGCAGCAAAGGUAGAGGUGUUUUGUUGCAUCCUAGCUAACAGUAGCAGCCUGGUAAGGCACAUUCCCACUUUAUUUUCACCGAUAAUUAUUUUUCUUGUAGGUGGCAUUUCGUUUAUGGAGCUUUUCUUGUUCCGACAUUUGGGCUGAAAGUCAAUUGAAAGAGUUGUUUCAAUUAGAACAAGAACCUGUUCUCGUGUAUAUGACCGGCACCAAAAAUAUGGCAUGUGAAGGGUGAUUUGCUGGCAAAUUUUGCCUUCGAGUGUGGCUACACAGCAGUGCGCGUUGUAUUGGCAGGAAGCUGCACUUGAAGGCAAUAUGAGUAUGAAUGCAUUCCGUGUUGCCAUGAACUGUGCACCGCCCUGUGAAAAUGGGUGUCACUGAUUGUUCAUAACAAAAUUGUUUGUAGAGCUUUGCUCGGGGCUGACAGUUGCGCUGGGUUGCGUCAGUAAAGAUUGGUCUUUAUAUGUAGAGCAGCAGGCUAUAUGGGCUCAUUUCCUGGCUUAUACCAGCUAUCAAACAGUGCACAGCUCUUACUUUUCUUGUGUUUUCUGCAUUUCAAGUCACACCAUUCAUUAGUAUAGUGUGGGCUGUCUGUUUUAAGUUUGGCCUUUGUGUAGUGAACACGCGAGAUGUCAUCUGGACUUUGUGAACAUUGGGCAGGCUGCAUUGUGCAUUUUGCUGCAAUUUAAAAAAGUUCUAGGGCAUCAGAAAAAUUGUUUGCGCAAAGAGAAAAGGAGGCGCUAUUGUGUUGAUUCACCAAUAUUACUGUUUGCUGAUCAAAAGUACUGCCGAGUCUGCAGUCAGCUCUUUGCCUUCUUGUACGGGUCCGUCGAACAAGACUUUUUAUUUCUUUUCGCACGCUUAUCUGCACAGAGUUGUGAAGCCGCUUGCCAUUGCCCUUACUUUAUUUAGGGAUGUCAUCAAGAAACGAACAAAUUGUCAAGCAAUUUACUCAAUACAAGAUAACAGUUUAGAGCGCAAUUCUUUUUAUCCUUGUUAGGCAUCAAUUUUUUUUUUUUCAUGUUUGUCUUACACUCAAGUUACGUUGGCUUAAAACAAAUUCGACUAAAAGCAUUGGGAUAUGUAAAAUUGUCUUUUUUUUUCCUUCAGUGAAAUACUCGGCCCGUCUCAAGCAGUCCUAGCAAUCUGCUUCAUGCGAGUGUGAGGAAGGCUGAAGUAUAUAUGGAAGGCUGAAGUCUUCCAGAUGCCUAAUUAGACGCACACUUCAGGGCAAGUGAACUUUUUAUCUUCACUUCGAGGCUCAGGGAAAGAAAAAGAAAGCAACGCUAUGCACACUUAAGCUUCGUAACAGUAGCUUUCUACAACUUUUGUUUUGUGGUCUACUUUGACAAUUCACAGUUAACCCUGCUCAACUGAAAACAACCCAUUCACACUUUGUAAACUUAAAGUGAUGCUCGGGGAUUUAUUUUGAUAUGCAUCUUGUCUAUAGUUUCGGGUAGGAUGUAUGGAUUUGCGAUUACAGUAAGGAUUCAAUGUUACAGUUGUAUAGCUUAGGCCUUGACAAAGCUUGACUGUUUAACCCUUUAACCCCCAAUCCUGAGCUGUAACCCUGCGGUUGUACCGAUGUUGCCAAUGACAAGCCAUGCUUGUUUAGCCUGAUGUUCUGCUGCUCUCACUUCCAAAGACGAGUUAAUUUUUGUGUUAAUUCUAACCAGAAACCAAUCAAGUAAUACAAUUUAAGAAUCAAAAUGACAAAGAAAGAAUUAUAAUUAGGUAGAAAAUUUUGGGAAAUUAGGUAUGUUUUACCAAAAUUAAUGUGGGUGUUAAAGGGUUAACUUUAUCCGCUUAUUAAGUGAGGCAGGCUUAACAAGGCUUUAUGAGGGGAAAGAAAAAGAUGGUGCAGAGUCAAUAAUCUGCGUCAAAAUUUUUUUUCCCUAUGUGUUCGCAUUGACGGCUGUCACUUUAACUAACUCUGCUAUGCAUUUCGAUAGGUUAUGUUUCAUGCUGGCUUACUUGUUUGCCAAGAACACAUGGAACAGGAUGGAAAAUUUACAUGUCGGGAUUGCUUGUUGGUUGGAAUUUAACAGAAGUUGGGGGGAGCCAACAAUUAAGUGAUUUCAUUAUUCAUAGUUUGGGAUGUGCAAAGGAAAGAAAGUUUCCACACAUUUUUCACCAUAAGCAGCGUUGAAAAUUAUACAAUAAGUUUUUCUCGCAUUUUGAAGUCUUGCAGCUACUUAAAAAAAAAAAGAGGUAUUUCAAUUUUAUGUAUUUUGCGGAAGCCACAGGACUGUAGUAGUUUUUGCCCUACUACAGGGUGUUCAGAAGGCAGUGCAUUGAAAGGCGAGUGUAAAUGCACUGCCUGUGAGUGUAAACGUGCAACUCGGAAGUGUAAAUGCCGUUUGCACAUAUAAUGUUAACUCGCAGUGCAAAUAACAGCAGUUAUCUUGACCUUUUUGGCAAAAGAGCAGGCUUCCUGCUGUUGCCAAUCUAAAAGUAUGAUGACAAAGCUUUACGAACAAGCGAGCAAGCAUGAACAUUGUGCUGCUCAUGUUUAGGUUUAAAUUGGUAUGAUGACCAUACCAACAUGACUGUCACUGAUGUUGCUGCAUGUUUGGCUGGUAUUUCUAAUCUGACUAUGCAGUUUGGCUAGCAGUCCCAGACAUGUAGAGAUUGAUGUGGCACACAUUUUAUUUUUUUCUUACUUGGAGCUAUUUUCUUUUCCCUGUGUUUGUCUGGCAUGAAACUGUUGCUGUAGUACGGUUGCAGGAAAUCUUGUGUCUCGUUUUGGCCUCCUUGUCCUUAUUACAUUGCAGAACAAAGCAUUGAUUUUUUGUGCACGUCAUGGCCAACAUUUUUUUUUCUUGUUGAACAAAAAAACAUUGUUCUAUGUUCUUGUGCAAGUUGUGAGCAGGUAUGUGACUUAGGGCCAUGUGUUGGUUUAAAGAAACGCUGAGGUUAUAGAAAUCAACGUUAAAGUAACCGUAGCACAUUAUUGAGUUAUACUUUUUAUUUGCCUACGUGUACUUGCCUCUUAGUGCUGCCAUGUUAGAUUUCUUUUGAUGUUGAGUGGCAAUUUUUCGAGAAAUUAUGAUGUGUGAACUGGGGGAAUGUUGACCGGCAGUGGAGGGCAAGGCAUUGCAUGCUCGGUGCCUGUACAGUCCCCUGCCAGAAAUUUAUGUGGGGUGUAAAUCUGUGAUAAUGGCAGACAUAUCUGGACAUCGCCCAUUCAAGUAUGGAUUGACCCCCUGUGACAAGUUGUUUUGUGUACAAUCAUCAUGUUGAAACUCUUCUGUUUUGCUGUAGCAUGGUCAAAAGGCAUACAGUCUGUCGUUGUUAUUUUUUU